AUGACAGACUCUGCGCCGGAUUUUCUGCGUUUCACAGGACACCGCUCCUUUACGCGGCGAUUAGUCCUGUCGACACUGACCGGUCGCCCUGUUCACAUUUCCAAGAUCCGAAGCUCGUCACCUACGAAUCCUGGCCUGGCGCACCACGAGAUUUCCUUUCUACGAUUGCUUGAAGCGGUGACCAAUGGCAGCUCCAUGCAAAUCUCAUACACCGGUACCACAAUAACCUAUCAUCCCGGCCUUAUCACUGGCACGAUCGCUGGGCAGGGUGCUUCCGAAGGCGACAUUAUCGAACACAGCCUGCCGCCGACAAUUACACGCGGCAUCACCUACUUCCUACUCCCUCUUUGCCUUUUGGCUCCCUUCUCCAAGGCGCACAUGAACGUGCGCUUCUCAGGCGCCGGUGUAAUUACCUCUGCAACGGAGACGGGCGACGUGUCUGUCGAUACCUUUCGAACCGCCAUCCUGCCUCUCUUUGGCCUGUUUGGCAUCCCACCCGCCCGAAUCGAAUUGAGAGUUUUGCAAAGAUCCUGCGCUGGGCCUGGAGGUAAGGGUGGUGGUGGCGUUGUUGAGCUACGAUUCGCAAGCCAAGUUCGUCUGCCAAAAACGCUACACUUGAACAGAAACCCUGGCCGAGUCAAGAGAAUUCGCGGUGUUGCGUACAGCACCGGUGUUUCGGCCUCAAAUAACAGCCGCAUGAUUCAUUCAGCGAGAGAGGUUCUAAAUCCUCUCGUCAGUGAUAUUCACAUUGCCGCGCAGUACGACCAAGCGCCGCUGGUCCCGACCGGCGACAAGUCUGGCAGCAAACGUCGUCUAGGCAUUGGCUACGGAUUGAGCCUGGUGGCAGAGUCCAACUCGGUUGGCGUGAUUUACUCUGCCGAUGUUGUUGUGCCACCUUCCGGUGGUCAGGUCCCCGAGGAAAUUGGCAAGCAGUGCGCAUAUCAGUUGCUCGAGACAAUCUCACAGGGUGGCUGCGUGACGCAGAGUGCAGCAAGUAGCAUGAUGAUACUCAUGGCCAUGGGCUCUGAAGAUGUCGGACGUAUAAGAAUCGGCAGGAGAGUGCUCGGGACGGAAGAUAUGAUUACGUUGGCGAGAGAUCUCAAAACGUGUGGCGCCAGCAGCUGGGGUCUGCGUGAUGUGACAGAGGAUGAGACGGGUGACAUUAUUGUAUCUGUAAAGGGAAGUGGAGUGGGCAAUGUCGGCAGGAAGAUAGCAUAG